GAAGUGAUCAAGGGUUAGGACCGUUGGUUCCUUUUAAAAAGUAGUUUCCACGCGGAGAGCGGAAAACUCGCCUUCUCCAGGAGGGACACCACGAUUGCUGUCCGUCCAACGUGGACGCUGUACUUGUUUCUACGAGAGGGACCUCACUUUUGUUUGCUUCCUCCACCUUCUUUUGUUGAUGGCUUUGUUGUUGUUGUAGUAGUCAAUGGCCAACAACCCUUUGAGGUACCACCGUAAUAGCAAGGAAGAAAGUAAAACAGAAGAGACAGGAGAACGUCAUUUGGAUUGAGUAGUCAAUCAUCGAAGCAGAGCAAGAGGAGAGCUUUUGCGGAUUGGGGCUUCUCCACCAGUGCUAGUCUCACUUGCAUCCAUCCAUCGUAUCUUGAGAAUUGGAUUGAACUAUACUAUAUCGGAACGAUGCAAUCCGCCUCGAGCAGCAGCGCCAAGAAGAAAAAGGGGAAUCCUCCUCCUGCUUCGAAAACUUCGGCACUGCCCAUUCAAGGGUACUACGCGGUCCGAAAGGGCAAGCAAGGAUUGAAAGAUUGCAUUUUCGUCUCGUGGGAUCGCGCCAAGCCGUUUGUGGUUGGUGGAGAUGACAGCAACACCACCAACAACAAUAACAGUAGCAGUAACACGAGAAGCAAAAAGCGAAAGAAAAAAGACGACGAAGAAGAAGUGGAAUUUUCCUUCUUUGCCAAGUUUGAAGAUGCCAUUCAGUACAUUCAUCCCGGUGGAAAGAGCUAUGCGGAUUUGUGCAGUAAUAGUGGUGAUGGCGCCAAGAAAUCACCCAAUUCCAGCAGACGCAAGCGACAAGCUGUACUAGGACGUUCGCUCAAGAAAAUGAGAAUUCCCACGCGUGAAGCCGCAACGGCCAAUGAGGAAGAGGAGGAGGAGGAGGAAGAAGAAGAGACGGAAGACGCAGCCAUGGAAGAAGCCAAAGCGGAAGAAGUAGAAGAGUCUCCUCCUCCAGACGAUGACAACAAAGACAACAACGACAAAAACAAGGACAAGAAUAAUAAAUCCAAGGAUGAUGCCAACAAUACAAACAAUGAGGAUGCCACCACCGAAGAAGAAGACAACGAAAUGCAGGAAUCCACAAACCCUCCAGCAGCGGCUGCAUCAGUAACAACGCACCCUUUGCAUGUGCUGCUCGAACAGGGGUUUCAACAAAAUCUACCCAAAGGAUGGCGAUCACAGAAUUUGGGAUUGUUCUUGACACGACGAGAUCAGUAUCGAGAACCGGCGCUCAAACAGUAUCUCCAAGACCUGGUCGAACUACAAAAUUAUCGAGAAGCCAAUUCCGUCCCGGCUCGAACCAAUAGCAACAAUCGACACUUUAGUGGUGCCAGUCACCCCCUCUCGGUUUACUACCUCAAUUGGUCCUGGGGUGUUUGCAAUUCCUAUCAUCGAGAUAUUCGACGACAACAAAAGAACCGACCCCCAUUGACGGAUAACAACAACAAUACGGCAGCAGCAACGGCAACCACAACCUCCAGAGCUGUCAUUGUCGAUGGAGUGGAACUCCCUCAUUUCAAGGCUCACAGCAGCAGUCAAACUACCAGUAAUACGACUGCAACUUCCUCCUCCAAGGCAAAAGAGGAUGCAACCCCUCCAGAGCCUGCUGCUGCCUCUGGGCUGAUCCGGGAACUAGAACAAGCGUACUUGUCGUUGAAAGAGCGGGGAUGGAGGGCGAAGGCAAUGCAAGAGUCGAACAAAAACGGCAAACCACAAGCAUCCGACAAUAAGGAGGCAGAAACCAAAGAUGCCGCCAUGAAGGAGGAAGAGCCCCCCAUGCCACCACUCAAAGGCAUGGCCGCCACACUCGAGAAGAACAACGCACCAGCGCAAAGCAGCACAAUGGAAACGCUCAAAGGGAAAGAAGUAGCCAGCGACAAAGUCAACCCAACAACAAUAACCAAAGAAAGUGAUGCUAGCGGUGGCAGCGAGCCCAUGUCCACCAAUGACGACCAGAAGGACACUCUCGAAGGCAGCACCCCACCAGCGAAACCUGACACUCUCGAAGACAGCACCUCACCGGCGAAACCUGAGAGCCCAAAACAACCGGAGACCGUCCCGGAGCAGAGUCAACCAACCAGCAAAACUGUAGCUCCCACGGAGAAUGAUGCAAAGCCAGAAGGCACUCCUAAGGAGACGACUCCACCGGGCAGCGCCAAUAAGGAUGAAACAAAGGCAGCAAGCACAGAAGCAGCCACCGAGGCAGAAACCACCUCCAAAGAGGCAACUCUAGAUGCAACCAGCAAGGAAAAGGCCGAGCCGGUUACUGAUAGCGCAAUUAUUCAGGAGGGAAAACCUGUAGGAAACGAGGGAACAACAACAACAACGAGUGUCCAGCAAGAAGAAGCUUCAAAAAGCACCAACAACGAGGCCAUGCCGGAUAGCGCCAACGACAAAGCCACGAGUGUCGCCGAGAAGGAGGUGGUGCCGGAUGCCGACAAGAACCCUGCUAAGCCACAAAGCGCGAUCAUGCCGGAGGGACAACCAGUCGGAGACGAGGGAACAACACCAGCCACUAGUGACACCACUGCACAGCAAGCAGCUUCGAAGGAAGUUGAUGCAACCGUAACAGCAGUAGUAGCAACAACGUCAGAGAGCAAGAGCGACGAAGCCAAGAUUGAUGUUGCUAGCAAAGAGGAAACCUUACCAAAGAGUAACAGCAAGAGCACUGACAUUUUCAAUGUCGAGGCCGAGGCAUUGUAUCAAAAGGAUCUAGACGAACUUCUGGCUUUCCGAAAAGAGCACCCAGAAGAGCUACGACGAUGUCCUCCGAUACAGGAUCACCCCAGCGGAAUCAAAUCUCCAUUCACGGUUCGCUACCUGAAAUGGUCUUGGGGCAAGGAAUUUUCUCCCGAUGAUGCCGACGAGGAUGAUCACGCCGUUGCCGCCACGGUGGCACCGGCAGGGUCAGAGCCACCGAACAAGACACCCAAGACGGAUGCGGUUGCAUCGGCGAAACCGCCAAUGCCCAGUUUUGUGGACUCGAACCGCGAUGGUACGGAAGAAAUGGACGAGGAUACGCCUGCAUUGAUUGAACUGCUUCGUGCCAGUUGGUUUUCCAACAAAGACAAGGGCUGGCGAGCUUCCGAGUUGGGCUUCCCUCAGGGCGGCAACAACCGAAAAUACAACUCGACCUCUCGAAAAGAACGGGAACGAUUGUACUUGAUCGAUUUGGAGACUCUCAAAUCUUGGUGGAAAACGUAUCCUUCCUCUCAACACUACGUCUUUACGGCGCCAGACGAGAACAACAAUAUUGAGCAGGAAGAAGGCAUCGACCGGUCCAAGUUUCCGUAUGGUCGCAGUGGAAAGAACAAUCUGUGCAAGUAUGACCGAAGACACAAGAGUGGAAUCAAUGCACCGUGGUCGUUGACUUAUUUGAAUUGGUCGUGGGGUGUGAGCAAUUCGUACAAUCGGGACUUGACACGGAAAGAGAAACGAAAGGCCAAGCAAGACGCACAGCAGGCAUUGUACAUUUGAGUUGCAGUGGGGGUGUGGAUGAAAAGCAACAACUUGUGAAACCCGUAUUGACAUACACGUGUUCGUUUAGUGAUAUUAUUUCAGCCUUCUAGAAAAUAUCUAUCUGGCUUGCCACCCAAUCUAGCUAGUUAGUCGUUUCCUCUUGC